AGAUGGUUAGCCGACCAGGAAAGUAAGAAGUGUUCGGUCCCUUCAGAGUGGUGGACUGCUGGAUUGGGCGACGGCAAUCGACUCUCGACGGAAUCCCUAGUCCAAGUUAAUUCUUCAGCCCAAGAGCUGAAGUCGUAUUUUCGAAAGAACACCUUCAUAGUCACAGAGUGCGAAUCAUAGUAUAUAAGCAGAAGCAGUUGAUUGAGGAAGUUCUGGAUCGACAGUCUUGAAGGAUAAUAUUUCAGGUUCCUUGCAGCACUCAUAUAACCAUAGUACCAUUCCUUCAAAAUGAACUGCCAAUAUGGCGAAGAUCAUGGUGAGGUGACUGUGAUGGGAUUUGAAGUUCCAAGAUCGCCCGAUUCAAGCUACAACAAUGCCUAUCCCGGGAACGCAGAUGAGGGGCAGGACCCACCACCAUUACCUCCCCACCUUCACCAGACCGUGCUAAAUGAAUCGCCAGCAGAAAGUAACCAAUGCGGAGCGCUCACGUCACCGCAGAAUGUGGUCCUAAAUCAUCUUUACAUUGAGAGCAGCAAAAAUGAAACGCCGAGAACUGUCGUGGCUUUAGGCACAACACAGCGUUUCCGUUCAAAAUAUGUUACAGUCGUGCUUUACAAACCCGUCCCUCGAAGGGUAGGCGGUAGUGUCUGAAGUGAAAUUGUUGUAACUUUUUCUAUUUUUAGAUGUCGGAGUUUCACCUUUUAGUUUUACACCGCAUGUUAAUAUGUGGAUAAAAUAUUGAUUCAAGAUCUUAACUAGUUAAGAGUAUUAUUACCUUUUGUACUAUGUGGUAUAAUGGUGUAUACUUAUG